CUAAUUGUAGUUAAUAUAUGUUUUAGUGGGGAAAUUACGCCAAAAUGAAUGAAAAGGAGGAAGGGUCAACGGAAUUUUAGUCAACGGAAUUUUAGUUUUAAAAGAUUUUCGACGCGAGUAGAUCAAUUCGUUCCGUUUUUCCGUUGUGGGUUUACUAUUUUUAUUAAUUAUAUAAAUUGAAAAUGUCAGUGAGAAGGAAGUGUCGCGUUCGCGAGUGUAUUGAAGAAUCGAAAAGAUUGCUUUCGUUUCCCAAACACGAGGAGGACCUCCAAAAGUGGGUGUAAAACCUCAAAAUUCCACCACCGCUGGAUUUACCCGCCCACAAUGCAUUCGUUUGCAUUAAACACUUCGAGCGAAGUGCAGUGGGCGUGAGAAAAUUGAAGGCACAUGCUGUGCCCACCCUCAACCUUGGUUACGACGAAGCACCUAGGCAUUUGUGGACGGGUCCACUGCCCCGAAAAAGAUGCUACAUUAGCAGCUGCGUUUCAAGGUAGGCGACGCUGUUUGAGUUCCCUAAAAAGGACGAUGUUCGUCAAAGUUGGGCAGAGGCUUGCAACAUAGUCGUGUCGCCUUCCGAUACCCUAUUUAUCUGUUGUAACCAUUUAGACCCAGAGUACGUCUCUAGAUUCAAACUUUUGCCUGGGGCUAUUCUAUGUUUCAGAUUAGAGUCAGAACUAAAUCGUAGCUCUUCUAGUAAUGACUCUGAUUGGGUGUGCCCGCCCGUCACUAACACUUAUGAACGUCCUAAGGUAGCUGUAGGAGAUAGGGAGGACGAUAUAACCUUGAGGGAAUUCGAAGAAUAUUCCAUUUUAGAAGAAGAAAGAUUAGGAUUAGGGACACAAAAUAACGACGUAGGCUCUGCAUUAGACAGCCGCACGGUUUUAUCAAAGUAAUGCGUUCAAACUUAAUAAAAAGAUCGAAGAGUUAGAGGGGGUUAUAAAACAGUUAGAAACAGAGUAUAAAGAACUUAAAGAUCGUGCAAUAGUUGCGGAUGAAACUUCAAGCUCUGAUACUGUAACAUUCACUAGGAUGAUCGUCACAAAACGCACUUUCUUUAGUGACAAUGAAAAGACAUUGGCACAAAAUAUUAACUAUAUGUCCACCAAAUCUUACAGUUUCAUGCGUGAUGAUUUAGGUUUCGCUUUACCAAGCAAGAGCUCUCUUUUGAGAUGGCGCCCCAUUAGGUAUGUUGUCCCUGGCGUCGAUGCCAAUGUCUUGGGAAAUUUAGGCAAAAUUGCCAAAAAUAUGUACGUUCUAGAACGUAAUUGCGUUCUCUUAUUUGAUGAAAUCAUCAUAAAGUCCGAUCUAACUUAUAAUCGAGUUAGAGAUAUCAUUGAUGGAUUUGUAGAUUACGGGGAAGGCCAUCGCGAAAUGAAAAUUGGUAGUAAAUGUUGUUUUUUUAUGGUAAAAGGGUUGAGUUCAAGUUGGAAAUAUGUGUUUUCUUACUAUAUUUCCAAAGGUGGACUUCUAAGUCAAAAUUUAUAUGAAAUUUUGAAUAAAAAUAUCACAGCACUGAAGUCGAUUGGCCUUAGCGUAAAGGCUUUAGUCUGCGAUCAGGGGGAACCAAACUCUUCAAUUUACAAUUUAAUGCAAAUUACUGAAGAAAACCCCUUUUACAUGCACGAAAGUUCUAAAGUGUAUUACUUAUAUGAUUAUUGCCACCUAUUUAAGCCUGUCCGCAAUACGUUAAUGAAAUAUGAUAUUUCAAGUCUCGAUGGAAUAGUCAGUUUCAAUAUUAUUAAAAAACUAUACUCUAUCGAUCAGAGCAAUACACAUUUUAAGAUUUGUCCAAAACUAACAGAGUCCCACAUACAUCCCAGCGCCUUUGAAAAAAUAUCUGUAAAACGUGCAACUCAAGUUCUGAGUAAUUCGGUCGCGGCUGGCAUAGAAAUGGCCUAUAGCCAAAAUCUAUUCGGCUCUAACGAAUAUUUAAAAAAAUGUGUCAAGCCUACGCAGUUAUUUGUGAAGAGAAUGAACGAUCUCUUCGAUGAUUUAGACUGCAAAAAUUUUGCAUCAAAAAAUCCAUUAAAAUAUCCGCUUUUAAGAAAUGAUUCCGGGAAGGUCCAACUUGUGUCUGGGUAUGAAUACCCAUCCCACUGCCCAUGAAAUUCAAUAUAUAGUAGGACGAUUAAUAUCGAUGAAAAUUUUAAGGCAGAACUUCGAAAAUAAGGGAACUAAUUGUGAGGAUGAUGACGAUGUAAAUUUAGAUUGGAACCUAGGCCCCGAAGAUCGUCAUUUAGAUGUGCAGGAAAGCGAUCAGGAAUAUAAGCAACUCGGUUUGGAAAAUUUUGUUAUUCCAGACGAAAAUUUCGUUGAAGAGGACGACGAAGCUGACGUCAAAGUCAAGCGGUAUUACACAGGCUAUGGUAUUUACCAGAAAAUUUUGUGUAAAAUUCAUUGCGAUAAAUGUACUGAGGCAAUGACAAAGACACAGAGCGAUUUAACGCUCUACUCGGAGGCCCUAAUCAGAGCAAAAAACUAUAAGGAUGACGGUGAUUUAAGGCUGGUCAAUCCUAGUGAUAGGGUCUUCGAAGUGUGUCGACUGCAAAUGAUGUGGUACGUCAAGCUCUUCAACGAAUAUGCUCAUUAUUCUAAUGUUCGUUGUCUGAUGUUGUCUGCUAUACAACAAAGAACCGAAAAGGUUUUUCCUGAAUGGUUUAAUAAGUCCGAUGGGUGUUAUGCUCAUAAAACCAAACUUUUAGAAUAUUUAGUGACCGUUCUUCUGUUUAAAAAUUCAAAAUGGUUGGUGAAAGAAGAAAUAAAUAGGGAACGACAUCGGAAGCGCGAUGAUAAAAUAAAAAAACUUAAGUCAGUUGCAAGUCAGGGCCUAUUCAUUAACGAACAUCCUACUUUCGGGUGAGUAAUGAAUUAACCAAAUGAAAAGAAUAUUUACGUUUUUUCAAUGUUUUGCUAUUUAUUCUAUUUACAGGUUCUUUUUUUAUUUUCAGCUCCUUUAUAUUUUCAGCUUUUCUUCUAAUUUCAGUUUUAUUUUAUAUUUCCAGGUUUUUUUUCAUUUUUCUUUUUUAUUACUGUUGCAACUGAGCCUAGCUUUUUUAAACAUUAAUAUUGCACUUAAUCAAGAUGGAUUAAAUUGUGUUUAAAAAAGCAGGUGAAAUUAAUUGACUUAAUUUAAUUAGUAAGUCG